CGUCGAGAAGCCUCCUCCACUGCCUCUGCGCUCCCGGCUCGAGUGAAGAUGAGACUGGUGCUUCUCUGCUCGGCGUUGGUACUUUGUCUAACCCUGUCCGGGGCCGAUGACUUCGUGUACUUCUUUAGGAGCGAGUGUCACUUCAGCGCCAGUGACCUGCGGGACCUGGUCUAUGUCCGUUCAAUGACUUUCAACGGGAAGGAGCGCGUGAGGUUCAACUCCACGGUGGGCAAAUACGUGGGGUUCGACACCUGGGGAGAGAAGCAGGCCAACUACUGGAACGGACAGAAGGACUACAUUGCAAGGCUAAGUGCGGAUAAAGACCGAUUUUGCAAGUACAAUGUUCAACUCAUGGCAAGCGGGAUGCAGGACAGAAAGAUCAAGCCUGAGGUGAAGAUCUACCCCGCCAAGACGGCCAGCCAAGGCCACACCCACAUGCUGGUGUGCCACGCCCACGGCUUCUACCCCAGGCAGAUCGCGGUGUCCUGGCUGCGGAACGGCCAGCCGGUGUCCAGCGACCUCACCUCCAUGUCCUUCGCCUCCGACGGAGACUGGACCUACCAGACGCUCCUGUACCUGGAGUUCACCCCGCAGGGUGGAGAGACCUUCGAGUGCGCUGUGGACCACGUCGCUCUGGACGGGACCCUCAAGCUGAGAUGGGAUCCAGCAGCGCGUGAGGCCAAAAGGAAUAAGGUGAUCAUGGGAGCCAGUGGACUGGUCCUGGGACUGGUGUUCGCCGUGAUUGGCGUGGUGUACUGGAAGAGGAAAACUAAAGGGCACAUCGCUGUUCCGACUGUCCAGUCAUAAGGUAACUAUGUCAUUUACAACAAUUUCCAGUUUAACUUGUGAUAAAUGUCACGUUCGGCCUUCAUGGUGUUCAGGUGACUUUGCCUGAAGAGCUUUGGUCUGUGAAGGUGAGGGUUACAGUAAAUGACAUUAAUUGUGCUGAAGUGAACUUUUUAAACGUUUUCUUCAACCACACACGAAGAGCGCUUGGAGGGUCUGGUGUCCUUGGCGCUGGAAAGGUCCAGAAACAUUCAGACAAGAGCGUGGUGGCCGAGCCCAUCUUAGACCGCCGAAUCGCGAAGAGAUCAGCCCCUCCUGGGAUCGUGACCGUGUCGUGGAGGAGAGGUCUGAGUGCCCAAGAGCUCUGUUUCGGGAGCUUCUGAGCUGCUGGUAGGGUUACCCUGAGCAAGCGGGUCUAGACCCCCGUGAUGGUCGAAUAAAACCCGAAAGAGCCACUGGGAGGAGAGCCCAGGGCAGACCCAGGACACGCUGGAGGGGUUAUACCUGUCAGCUGGCCUGGGGGCACCUGGGGGUCCCCAGGAGGGGCGGGAGACUGUUGUAGAAACAGCGACACGUCUGGUACAAGUUUGAUGGUAUUACUAUCCCUCGAAACUGUAUUCUAUAAAUGCACACGAUUCGUGAUGUUGAUCCCUUGGGUCUUUUGGAAGAAUGUACAUCUGGGUGCCGUCAGUCGAAGGUGAGAACUCUUCAUAUACACAGCAGUUCAGUAAUCUCUGAAAAGGCUGAGACCCCCCUUACGUAUUACAGAGCGAGUGAUGCAGGUCACAGGCUUAUAAGGCCAUCAGUUAAUCAGCUCACGGAAGAAAUCCAGGACCCUCGUUUAAUCUUUGACAACAGGAAGUGUCCUCCCUGUACAGAGAGGUGUGCUAGUAUUCAGGUUCAGAACGGUACUGUCGUUUC